AUGGGAGACAACUCUGUCAUGAAAUUAUUGUAUCUUUCAGAAAAUAAACUGAAGCCGAUCCCCUCUAUUAUCCACGUUGUUGAUUACACUGUUUAUUAAAAUAAUAUACUAAUCUGUCUGUUGAAAAUUUGAGUGAAUAAGUAAGUGAAUGUCAAAUAGACCUGCAGUUGAGCAACAUGCACACGCACGGAGCACACGCGCUCAACAAAUGUUGACCGCCGUAAUUGUCUUUUCACGGAUGCAAAUUAACACUAUCAGGCUAGCCCCAUGCAGUUGGUUGUAAUUAAUUUUUAAUUUUAAUUUUUAACUUCAGAUCUGGACGUUGUAAUUAGCGCUUGUGAAACUGAAAAAUUGAAUUUGUCGUCAUCAUUUAAAAUAAGGGUAACGCUAUUUUUCAGGACCCGGUUGUAUCAAACUUUAAUGAUGCAUUAACGUGUCAUUAAACCUUCAUUAACUAAUGCAUCAUUAAAUCCAGUUGUACUAACGUUUUAAUGACGUCGUGGUGUCAUUAGCGCGUCACUAACUUAAUGAAGGUUCUGGGGCAUCAUUAGCGUGUCAUUAAAAACAAACAUGGCCGCGAACAUAUUGUUUGAACGCUUAGGACGCACAAGGAAAGACCGUGUUUUCAGAAAACGAACUCAACACCUCGAAUCCAUGAGCGAGGAAGAAGUAAGGGCACGCUACCGUUUUGGGAAGGCAAGCAUCGGAUAUAUCUGCGAUCUUGUGAGAGAUGAAUUACAGCCCAAAUCUUCAAGAUCGCACGCACUUAGUGUUGAACUACAGGUUCUGGUAGCCCUACGUUUCUUUGCAAGUGGAAGUUUCCUGCAAAUCACUGGCGACACAAUAGGGAUAGACAAAUCAACAGCCUCACGAGUUGUGAGGAAAGUUUCCCUUGCCAUUGCGUCUCUUGUGCCCAAGUUUGUUACCUGGCCGUCCGAGAGGGAUAUAGGCGACAUUAGAAAGGAUUUCUACAAUAUAUCUAGAUUUCCUGGAGUCAUCGGAUGUAUCGAUGGGACACAUGUACGGAUACAGGCACCAUCAGACAGCGAACCUGCCUUUGUCAAUAGGAAAGGCUACCAUUCGAUCAACGUUCAAGCAGUGUGUGACAGCCAAGGUAAAUUUACUAACUUAGUGGCGAGAUGGCCAGGCAGUACGCAUGACAGCCACGUGUUCAAGAUGAGUAACGUGCGGCAACACCUGGAAACACACCAUACGACUCUACAAGACGGCGUUAUUCUCGGUGACAGUGGAUACGCAUGUCGUCCGUAUUUGAUGACUCCGUAUCUAAAGCCAUCUAGCCCCGAGCAAGAGCGAUUCAACUCUUCCCAUAAAAGAACAAGGUCAACCAUAGAAAGAGCAUUUGGGUGGCUCAAACGGCGUUUCCAUGUUCUGCACGGUGAAAUCAGGAUGAGCCCAGAGAGAGUUUGCACCAUCAUUGGUGCUUGUGCUGUGUUGCAUAAUCUGGCGAUAAUUCUUCGUGAACCCAUGCUGGAUGUUGAUGGAGAGGACGACAGUAACAUUGAAGGGCAAUAUACAGGUCCCGAAGAUGGACGGGGCAUCCGUGAUUACAUCACAAGGCACUAUUUCACUAACUGAAAUGGUCAAACUGUCUCUGCUUUAAUAUAACUAUACAGAAGAAUGCAGAGAUACCAUCUGUUGUCACUGAAGAAAUAAGUUGACAGUGUUCGCUGUAUGUAUUUGUCAAUGCGUGCAAUUUUCUCUUUUCGUGUUGAAUCAAAGGGAUAUGGUUUCCCAGCUUUGUUUAACUUUAAUUUAGAUUACUGCGUAAAUAUUGUCCAGUGUACAGUGCACAUUUCCCUUCAGAAAAAUACGGCUAAACGCUACACGCAUACAAUGAGUUUGAAUUUGUUGCACAACGCCAAGACUUCACGGUGAGCAUGUAAGGUUCUUUGUGUAUCUUUAGCAAUGAGUCUAUCACAUUAAUUUUAUUGAAUAUGGUUUAUAUAAAUUUCAUCGAAAUCGUGAAUUAACUGAUCGGUUUAUCUCAUCAACUCAUCGUUAUUGACAGCUACAUACGUAAAGAGCACCCAGCAA